UGCUUUUGCAUUCUUGGCGAUGGUAGAACUUUCGGCAGUUUCGCCAUUUGCUCUUACUUCGGAUGAUCGCCCAUGUUUCGGAGCCUCUGCCAGGGACAAGCAGCAUGCCAGCAAGAUGGGCUUGACAAAUGGUACAGAAGGGAUCAUCCGCGGUCCUUACCAGACUCUGCGAGGGGCGCUCCGAAUCGCGUCGAGGCGGCGGCGGCAUUUGCGACGGCGACCUCCCCCGACUCGGCCCUCCUCGGCGACAUCUUCUUCUCAGGCUUGAAGCAUGAAAAGCAUUUCACGGUCCGAAUCCUCCAAUGCAUGUGCCUCUCAACCGAACCUCCUCCUUGCGCCCACCACGAAGAUCUCCAGCCCCUCUGCUCCUACAAUCCAGGAGACUCUGUGCAUGUGCAAUGGCAGCAUGGACGAGGAGCUCUCCUCCCUUGCUGCAAGGUCCCGGUCACGGAUUGCCAUCGCACUCCUCUUGCAAGAGAAAUGCGAUCCCUGUGGAGGGGCUGUGAUCAGGUGGGAGGAGCAUUGUCUCCGUGCAUUUUGUGGAGAGGUCAAUGUGCUCACCCAAGAAUAGGGUCUCCCUCGGUUUUGGGCCACACUUGAGCUCUAAAAUUAGAAUGCAAAAAUGCUAGACGUACAAAAACUUACAAAGGUUUACUUAACCUUCCAAA